UCCUGCUAAACUGCGCAGUCGUAUUUGCGGAGAACCAGUUAGGCCAAAUUAAACUCCCGACGAACAACAUGGCGGACACAGCUAGUGAAAACAACGUGGGUGCCGAUGUGAACGCGACUUUGAACGAAACAGCGUCCAAUGUGACUGCUAAAAUUCCUGCAACUCCCGAGGGUAUGGCCAUAGCGUACGGAAGUUUGGUUCUUAUGGCCUUGUUGCCCAUCUUUUUCGGUGCUUUUCGCUCCGUAAAAUAUCAGAAAGAGCAGAAGGAAAAUGGAGAAGUUCCAGAAACUAUGUCACAGAAGGAUGCAGCCAUGUUCCCCCUCAUCGCAAGUGCAACACUGUUUGGAAUCUAUGUUGUUUUCCAGAUAUUCUCCAAGGAGUACAUCAAUCUCCUCUUGACAGUGUAUUUCUUCUUUCUAGGAGUGCUGGCCUUAGCUCAUAUCUUGAGCCCUCUUAUGCGGAAGUUGCUUCCAGGGGUGUUUCCCAACGAAAGCUACCACCUCAUCUUGACAAAAGGAAAGUCAGAUAAGAAGGAAGAUCUGAUGAACUAUGAGUUUGAUAACAAAGAUUUGGUGUGCCUUGGUGUUGCUACAUGCUUUGGUGUCUGGUACUUGCUGAAAAAGCACUGGGUUGCUAACAACAUCUUUGGCUUAGCCUUUGCACUGAACGGUGUGGAAUUCUUGCAGCUGAAUACAGUCAUGACAGGCUGCAUAUUGUUAGGUGGACUGUUCAUCUAUGAUAUAUUCUGGGUGUUUGGGACUAAUGUUAUGGUGACUGUAGCCAAGUCAUUUGAAGCACCUAUCAAGUUGGUAUUCCCCCAGGAUAUUCUGGAGAAGGGUUUAGAUGCCAGUAACUUUGCCAUGUUAGGCCUGGGAGAUAUCGUCAUUCCAGGGAUAUUUAUUGCCCUUCUGCUGCGCUUUGAUGUCAGCAAAGCCAAGACUAGCCGUACCUACUUCACCGCCAGUUUCUUGGCUUACAUCUUAGGACUCCUGACAACCAUAGGCAUCAUGCAUUUCUUUAAGCAUGCUCAGCCUGCCCUGCUGUACUUAGUACCAGCAUGCAUUGGGGUACCAAUUUUUGUGGCACUUAUUAGAGGAGAGAUUAUUGACCUCUUCACGUACGAGGAUAAUCCUGCCAAAGAUGACAAGGACAACAAGGAGGAAAAAACAAAGGAGGAUGGAAAUGACAAGACAGCCGGUAAAGAAGAGGCAAAGAAAUCCAAGUAAACUGGUGAAUGUAAGAUGGGUGUAAACUACAGACCUAUCGAAGCAAGUGAACUAACCAACCUGAAAAGGAGAAACAAAAGUUUGGCCAUAACUUCAUAUAGCCCUCUUCAAGUUAUCAGUGUGGUGUUAUAGUCAUGUGAUGCAUCUUACCUGCUUGUGAUGUUCAUGCAUUUCUUAUUAGUUAAAAUUGAAUUAGGGGAAACAAAGGUCCUUGAUCUCUUCUUUGUUUGCAUAUAGGUCAUUCCACGUCAGACCCAUGAGCAUUAGCAUUAGAGCACAAAUUGCUUGGGUACAACUUCCUAUGUUAUGACGAUACGGGUCAUUCCAGAAACUAGGGGCUCCAAAGUGUGACAUUUUUGUGUCCCUGUUACAUCUGACCUGUGUUAUUUGACUUGGAAAUAUCCCCGGAAUUGAUU